GCUAAUAAAACGCUGAUAAAAAUCAGCGCCAAAAAAUCAUUGUUUUAUUUUAUCAUAUAUAAAACAUUCAUCAAAAAAUUUACAGUUUUUAGAAGGAAUUUUGGGUUAAAGAAUUUUAGGAUUCCGGAAUAUAAUUCUCACUUAUUCACUGCUGAUUGACAUCGCGGGCUCACGUUUAUCGGUCCGCUAAAUCAUUUAUUCGGACUCGCUCAGUUUUUAUUCGCGUUUAGAAGUAAAUAUAAAAUACUACAAAAAUGACAAUAUUUUUCGCUUCUUGACAAAUUCUGGCUGAGAGAUGAUCGAAUCAAACCAAAACGAAAUCGAGACCGAGAAGGAAGAUUGGGAUUUACCCGUCCUGCACAUAACGAGAAGGGAUUGGAAAGAAUUGAAUCCACCGCAGAAGAUUCGAAGGGUAAUCGGGGGCCUGUUAAAAUUUUUGGGAGUCUUGACGUGCCUGUACUUUUUCAUAUGUUCUCUGGACUUCAUGACAUCCGCCUUUAGGCUAUUGGGAGCCAAAGCAGCUGGGAAGGUGUUCGCGGACAGUAGUUUCUUGAACAAUCCCAUAACCGCGCUCAUGGUAGGAGUUCUGGUAGCGGCACUUUUGCAUAGUUCGGCCAUCGUUGUAUCCGUUAUAAUCGCCAUGGUGGCUAGUCAAAUAUUGAAAGUGCGUACCGCAAUACCUAUUAUAAUGGGAGCCGACAUAGGAACCGCCAUAACUAACAUAAUAGUGUCGAUCAUAGGAAGCAAAGGAGGAGGCGGAACGAGUACGGACAAGAGACUCCAGUUUAAGCGGGCAUUUGCCGCCGCCACCGUCCACGAUAUGUUCAAUUGGCUAAGUGUCGUCGUGUUUUUACCGCUGGAGAUUAUGACCGGAUUCCUAUUCCACCUGUCAAGUUUUGCCGUCAAUCAUCUCAAGAUAGAGCAAGGCAAUUACACCCAGAAACAGUUUAUAAAAAGGAUUACCAAGCCAUUCACAACUUUAUUCGUUGAGUUGGAUGAAAAGGCUUUAAAUGCUAUAGCCAAAAGCCGUCCUGGUUCUGAUAAAUUAACUAUUUUGAAACGAUUUUGCUCGGAUCCUGGGCGCUCCUAUAACUUCGUCACGGCAACGACCUCCCUGACAGGAUACCUCAAGCAUAGAUGUCAUUUCCUGUUGGCCAAAACGAACUUGAGCGACAACAUAGCAGGAAUUAUAUUGCUGAUAUUUUCUCUGACACUCCUGGGAUGUUGUCUAGUGGGGAUGGUCAAGAUUUUGCAUUCUAUACUGAAAACAAAAUUAUCGCUGUCAAUCAGAAAGAUAAUAAACUAUCGUCUGCCCGGCAAAUUAGAAUGCUUUACCGGCUAUUUCGCCAUAAUGUUCGGGGCCUUUGUGACGUUCUUGAUCCAAAGCAGCAGUAUCUUCACCUCCACGUUGACGCCCUUAGUCGGAAUUGGACUUGUCGCCCUAGAAAACGUUUACCCUUUAACCUUGGGAAGCAAUAUAGGUACCACAACAACCGGUCUUAUAGCCAGUUUUACUGUCACGAACAUAAACGAUGACGACUCCUAUUACUAUAAUUCUACUCAUCCCCAUUUCGAGGGUACUGGGAAUGCCACCCUUCCUUAUAACAGUCUCAAGGCUUCGGUGCAGAUAGCUCUCAUCCACACUUUCUACAACAUCUUGGGAGUCCUGGUUUGGUACCCCAUUCCUUUCAUGAGGUGGCCUCUAUUCGUUGCCAAAUUUCUGGGCGAGAUCACUUACAAGUACGAAUGGUUCAGCCUGAUGUACCUCGUAUUAUUUUACUUUUUCCUUCCCCUCAUCAUAUUUUCCUUGAGUGCCUUGGGGGGUUUAAAACUUUUACUAGGUGUGUUCAUAGUUCCCUUCGUAAUCAUAUUGCUGAGCGUUCUGAUCAUCAACAAGCUCCAACAAAAAAGUCCUAAAUGUUUGCCACCCGUGCUCAGGACAUGGGAUUUUUUGCCAGAAUGCUUACGAUCCUUGAAACCAAUCGAUUCUCUUAUUACGACGUUUACUUCACUAUUCAAAGGACGGUUCAAGAGGAAAAAGGAUAGCAAUCUAUCCCCCUCGACCUCUUAUGAGAACCCUACAAAAUCGAAAACCGUUUUCUCCAGGCUUAAGGACCGCGCGGGAUUCUUUGGCAAGACGCGUGCAACUAAAACUAAUCAUGAUCUUCCUUACGGCGAGAGCGGUUUACCCACAGAGACCCAAACCACGCCGGCCGUGGGGAACAGUAGUUCGACCAGGCUUAUAUCCAAUGGAGUCGUUUUAAAAGAUGUAUCGAAUUCCCCGAAUUCCUUCAAAUUUAAAACUUGGCACCAAAACAAGGGUUCUAUAACCGAUAGCGGAAUUUUGGUAGACCACAAGGGUAACAACAGUCUACAUAACUACAACCAAAACGGAAACGAUGACGAAAAAAAUAAAUAUGAUGAGAGUGAAUGUAAAAACGAAUUCAUUGUCAAGGAUGAUUCAUCGUCCGAAGACGAUACUGGUGCUAACACGAUUACAGUAUUGAAGCAAAUCACCCCAAAUAAUUUCUCUACAGUUACCACGAUGCAUAAUAAUUGAAAAGCAAAUUUUUAGUUUUACAACUUCGACAUUGAUAUUCAUUUGUAUUUACAAUGAAAACAUAUUUAUUUCCUUAUAAUUAAUAUUUUCCAAUUAAUCAAGGUUUAUUUUUCCCCCCUUCCAUUUAUUUUAAUAUUGAAUAUUAUUUUAUAUCGCGGGUAUAUAUGUUUAGAAUUC